AUGAAAAAAUCAUGUAUUCCAUGUUAUGGAAUGAUUACUGACAUACGGAGGAGAGCUCCUCAUUAUAUCAAUGAUUUCACACAAGGUUUCCAUCCAACAGUUCUUGCCUCAGCCCUAUUCAUGUUAUUUUCGAGUAUUUUCCCUGCUUUAAGUUUUGGAGUUUUGCUUUCUAAAAGUACUGAAAAUCAAUUAGGAGUUAUGGAAGUACUAUUUGCAACCUCUUUAAGUGGAAUUAUAUUUUCAUUAAUUUCUGGUCAACCAUUAGUGAUUGUUGGAGUGACUGGACCUAUUUGUGUCUUUUGCAUCACAAUAUUUGAUAUUUGUAAGAGAGCUGAAAUACCCUUCCUGCCAUGGCUGUCAAUUAUUGGAUUUUUCACAAGUUUUUUGUGUUUCAUGAUUGCUGUUUUGAAUUUAUCAACGCUGGUGAAAUAUGUUUCAAGAUUUACUGCUGAAAUAUUUGGAUGUUUAAUUGGAGUGAUUUAUAUUGUGGGAGCAGUUGAGGAUAUUGUUGAGUAUUUCAAUAACUUUAGUUUGGAUUCUGCCUUAUUAUCAUUUAUUAUUUCGAUUGGAUCAUUUUACGUUUCCUAUCAAUUACAUUACUCAACUACUUGGAUUUAUUUUCCAAAUUUCAUUGUAAAGAUUUUAAAGGCCUAUGCUGUUGCCAUUAGUGUUGGAAUAUUUACAGGAAUUUCACACCUUCCAGUUUUUGAUCAGAGGAAUGGUUCAUGGCUGGUCAAUUACUCCAGCUUGCCAUUGUGGUCGAUUUUUGCAGCCAUCAUUCCAGCAUCCAUUUUGGCAGCUUUGAUUUUCUUUGAUCACAACAUUUCUUCACUCCUCUCUCAAAAGAAGGAGUUUAAUUUGAAGAAGGGAAGUGCAUUUCAUUGGGAUUUAUUCGUGUGUGGAUUGAAUAUUUUGGUUUGCUCAUUGGUGGGAAUUCCCUUCACUCAUGGACUCAUUCCACAAGCUCCUCUUCAUGUAACCAGUUUAGGUAGAGUGGAAAUGAAAGAAUUACCGAAUGGAAAGAAGAAGGAAGUGAUUGGCUCAGUUCGUGAGAAUAGAGUUUCAAAUUUUCUUCAUGCUCUUAUCAUUGGAGUGUUAAUGAUGUAUGGACAGGUAGUUCUGAAAACAAUUCCAAAGGGUGCCAUGACUGGCAUUUUCCUCUAUAUGGGAUUUACUUCAUUCGAUGGAAAUCAAAUGAUGGAUAGAAUCAAACUCUGGUUUGUAAGAAGUUCACAAAGGAAAGAAUUGCAUUCUCCCUAUGUUAAUACUCUUCCAUUAUUUCACAAUAUUGUCUUUACAUGUAUUCAAAUGGGUUUUCUUGGAAUUAUUUAUGCCAUUACUGAAUCACCUGCUGCAUUGUCAUUUCCAAUCUUGAUUUUGAUAUUGGUUCCUAUUCGAAUGUGGCUUGUACCAUUCCUUUUCACUAGGAGGCAAUUGUACUAUUUGGAUAAUGAAGAAGAUGAA